AUGUUUCCAAUAUAUCCACACAUGCCAAUGAUUCCUCUCCAACCUUUUGUGCACGCAAUACCGCAGAUGCAAAUGCAGAUACCACUGCAACAGAUCCCGCUGCUUGCACCACUACCACCUCUGCUACCACCUCAACAGCAUUUCCAGCAGCUGCAGCCUCAAACGCUACUUCUUCAACCCCUUCCUCCCCAUCGCCAUGCCCAACCCUUGAUGCCACCUCCUGCAUUACCAGUCCAGAAAACCCUUUACAUUCUGUCCUAUUCCACCGAAGUCCUCAAACGUCACCCAAACGCCGAAGCACAACUUAUGCAACAACAUGUACCCUCCAAUCUUCCAGCUCUGAUCACGAUAUACUGCCACAAAUGGCGUGCCCCACCCCGCGAAAUAUGUGACAGAUACUCCGGCAUAAGUCCGCAGGUACAGCAGUUUAUACUGGGCAGUCGGACGGCGAUGGGAGAGAUUAACAAAGCCAUCACCGCCAUAGCGAACCACUUCAACGCUGGAAACCAGGUUGCUUCGAUACAGACUACGUGUCACGCGGGUAUGCAUCGGAGUGUUGCAGCGGCGGAGAUUGUAGCGAAUGAGACGAGGAGGAGGAGCGUAAACGUUGUGGUCAGACAUGCGCAUCGGAGGAGGGGGGUUGGUGAUGCGCGGUAG